AUAUGGGGGAGAAAAAGUAUUGAUCAGUGAAUUAUCCAACAUUCCUUUGUUUCAUUUUCAUUUUUUUUUUCAUUUCAAAUAUACAUGCCAGGUCUCCCCUUCUUCGUCACUAUUAAUUUCUUUGGAAUAUAAUUGAUUAUGGUCCAACAGCCUCACCCCCGUGAGCUCUCGGUCGCCCCCACCCGCAGCUCCACGGCGGCGGUUCCUGCAGAGUCCCGCGGCGGCGGAGGUGACGCGGCGCUGGACUACGACGUGGUGGUCAUCCUGGCGGCGAUGAUCUGCGCGCUGGUCUGCGCCCUGGGCCUCAAUUCCAUGCUGCAGUGCGUGGUGCGCUGCACCCGCCGAGCCCUCGCCGACCCCGCCGCCUGGAUCACCCAGCGCCGUCUCAACGCUGGCCUCAAGCGCGAGGACGUCGUCGCGCUUCCCGUCGACACCUACGCCGCCGCCACAUCCGGCGGGUCGCCCUCUUCGCCGUCGGCCUCAGCCACGCCGCAGCCGGGCUGCGCCAUCUGCCUCUCCGACUUCGCCGACGGGGACAAGAUCCGCGUGCUGCCGAUUUGCGGCCACCGGUUUCAUGUCUCUUGCAUCGACACGUGGCUGCUUUCCCACUGCUCCUGUCCCACAUGCCGCCGUCGCCUCUCCUCUUCUCGCGCCGACGACACCACUGCACCCUGAUUACUUUAACUAAUUAAUUAAGUAAAUUAAAUCUAUGCAAUUUAGAAUUCUGGUGCUAAAAUUACUACUAUUACUUUGCUUUCUUCUCAAGUAUCUGUAUAAGAUCUGGUGCAUUUUGAGAGGCUACUUAAUCAAUCAGUUUACUGAUCAAA